AUGAACAUGUUCCGUAUAGGCAGAAGAAGGAUUCACCACCAUGUCAUCUUCUCUGACCUCAGGUCAUCAUCACGACCUCUGAUUUCUAGGAAUGGUGCCGCCAUCUUCAACAGUGUACCAGCACGUUUUCAAAGAAGUCAUUUUGGGGGCCAGCAACAAGAGGUCAUCAGUGAAGGAACUUACCUCAAUCCUCCAGUUGAUAUUGUGGACACCCCAUUGGAGACUCUGGCUGAACCCUCUCUUCAGAGCCUUGGACUGGCCAGUUACUGGCCAUCUGGCUGGGUACAGUCAUUUCUGGAGACCCUGCAUGUCCAGUAUGACAUGCCGUGGUGGGGAGCUAUAGCACUGGGUACUAUUUGUUUACGGAUUUUGAUCUUCCCACUGAUGGUGAUAAGCAGGAGAAGUUUAAUAGAAAUGCUGAAUGUUAUGCCACAGAUACAGAAAUUUCAGGACAAAAUGGCAAAAGCUCUAGAAGACAAUGACAUGGUUACUUACAUGGAGGAGUUGCAAAAGCUACAAAUGUUACAUAGAGACGUUGGUGUCUCUCCUUUUCGCUGUUUCUUGGUUCCAAUAGUUCAGGUACCAAUUUUUCUAUCGGUGUUCAGUGCCAUGAGGGGAAUGGUCUCACUGCCAGUGGAGAGUUUAAAGAUGGGAGGUUUGUGGUGGUUUAAAGAUCUGACUGUGGCGGACCCAAUUUUUGCACUGCCGUCUGCAACAGCACUGACCAUGUGGUUGACAUUAAAACUGGGUUCAGAAGCUCCCCCGCUAGAUGUUAACGCGCAGAAGAUGCUGAAAUAUUUUCUGUAUGGUAUGCCAGUGAUGUUGUUUUGUGUUACAGCAACAUUUCCCUCAGCCAUGCUGGUAUACUGGUUCACUCAAAAUGUCAUCUCCCUAUGUCAGGGGGCAGUACUCAAAAUUCCUGCAGUAGAGACCAAGCUGAAAAUGCCUAAACUAAUCAAACAUGAGGCACAGGAGAAUGCUGAAACUCCAUGGGGAAAAAAGGGGUUUAAGGAAGCUUAUCAAGAAGCCAUGAAACAACAUAAAGUGUUACAUGAAGUAGCACAGCGUCAAGAGAUGGGGCAAAGUCAAGAGGACAUAGUGAAGAUGAUGUCAAAGCAAAAUUUUGCAGACCAGGGAUUAAAAAAUGAGACGCAGCAAAUCAAUGAAGAAAUAGGGGAAAAUGAGAAAAACAACACACUCAAACUGGAUGAAAAUGAAGAUUUAGAAAAGUUUGACAGAAGUACUGUAUCUGAAAAAAAUGGAUCUCAGAACAGAGAUGAUUUGAACGAGAAAUCUAAAUCAAGAAGAUGAUGAUGGUUUUGCUAUUUACUGUUAAAUUAAUAAUAUUUAUUUUCUGUAAUAGUAUUGGUUGAAGACUGUAAGUCAGAUUUACAGGAUUUAACAUUACUGGGAGUGUUCCCAGUUGGCAAUACUUUUAUCCCACAAAUUUUCAAACUCAUCUAAACAUAGAUCAAGAUAAACAUCUAUUCAUUCAUUAAAGUUUUAACUUAUUCCUCCUGUGUAAUCAUACUGAAAGAGAGUCGACCUUUGGUCUAUUUACUACAUCUUGAUCUAACACUGUCCACUAGUGGUCAAUGCAGAUACUAGCAGAAAAUUUAAAGGUCUGACGUCUAUAGAGCCCUCCCCUUCUUUUUAUGAAAAUCCAACACAUUGCCCCACACCCUGGGCAAGUUAAACCGUCUACCAUUCUGUUCAAAGUGAGAUUAUUAGCCAGAUGUAAAUAGCCUCUCAUUUUCAGACAAGAUACCUAUUAAAAGUACAUGUCAGGUUACUUUUUUUUUAAAAUUAUUUUUACCUGUGCAGAUAGCAACAGACACCAUAGUACUGACCUGAAUUUGUUUUGUAAGUUUAUUUUAAUACCACACAUUGAUAAAGACAAUAUUAUCUAGCAUGGAUAUUUUCAGUGUAUAUUUGCACCCCACAGAUUUUGUUCCUGGAUGCCAGAGUCUAAAAAUGCUGAUGGACAACUCAGCAGAACAAGAAGUACAGGGCUCCAUAACUCGAAAGCAUUGCGCAUUGUGAAUAGCAAUAGCACAUAGAGGCUACAAUGUGGGGCGAGUAUGGGCAAGUUAUGGAAUCGAGACGCUUGUGCUCAGUUGCAAUGCGCGAUGCUUUCGAGUUACGGGGCCCAGAUAAGUAGACAAUUUGGCCUGGAUCUCAGAGUGUUGUUAUUAUCUUCUCAAUCUCCAUCCACAUUGCUGGCUUGCAACAUCUGUUUAAUACUUGGCACAGGGCCAUGAUAAAAAACCUUGGUAAUUUUCUUGUGUAAAAAUGAGGCAAUGUGCAUUAUAGCAGAUGUCAUUAUAAUGACUGGCCAAAUUAUUCAAAUUAAAAAUGGAGUAAAACAGCAAAUCCAGGUGCAGGGAUGGGUCAAGUAGUAAUUCGUCGAAGGAGAAAAUGUGCUUAGUUUACCCCAGAAAAAUUCAUCUUAGCAGGAAAAUCCCAUGAUUUCUUUGAGAGAAUCUGAUAUUUUAUUUGUGGAAGAAAGUUGCUGACUUAUAGUAAUAUGUACAAAACAAAAACUAUAAAUAAAGAAAAGAUAAAUUUAAACCAUCAGUCUCCAAAUUAAUUAAUUAUAUGUGUCCAGCCAUUACAAUUGUCAUAGAAAUCUUCUGAAUAAUGUAAAUAUUUCAUUUAUUAAAUUACCCACACUGCAUAAGGUGAAUUGAUCACUAGCUUGAAACCAAAUUUAAGGCGGAAUAAUAUUAGCAAACUUUUACUUUCUGAUUUUCUUUUAAGAUUUAUAAUCAAAUAUUCUAUAUUUUGAGAAAAUAGGAAAAAAUA